GUAGUAUACUAACUCAAGGAGCUCUUAUUGCAACUUAAUUUCCAGGGAAGUCCAUUUUUGAUUAUUAUAAAAGUCCGUGGCUUAUACUAUAUAUUACAUUAGUAUCAGAAACAGAGAACAAAGACAUGUUACUCCUCAUGCAUCAAUGUUGUUGUUGAUGUAGGAAGCACAUAUGCAUGUUUGCCAAACUGUUCUGUUCUUUUAUGCAUAACAUACAUGCCUUUGUGAAUUCACCAUAAAUGCGAUUGCCUACGCGAUGCAUGCCUAUCUUCCUCCUUGCUCCGUUGGCAAUGAUCAGCACGGCACGUUCUUUGAUUUCACCAUAUAUACGGCAUCGUCGCCGCCGGUCCACAUGCUCAUGGCAUAUUCCAACAGUAACUGCAACAUUAACAGAAGAACCCAGUGUAAAGAAGACAGCAACAACAGCUCCUCCUUUGCCUAUAAAGAUAAUAAAGAUAAUACUUAUGAUACUCCCUUAAAAACAAG